AGAAGAGAGGGAGGGAGGGAGAGAGAGUGCGAGAGAAAGAGGCGGAGAGAGAGAGAGAGAUAGAGAGAGGGAGAGGGAGAGAGAGACACUGUUUAGAAGGCAUCCAGUGGAGGUAGUCAGUGCCUGCCUGCCCAGCGUCAGGUCCUUGCUCCACCCGACGGGUGGUGUUCAGCCAGGACGGAGAGGAGCUGCACCAGAGAUGGAGGACACCACCGCGCCUUCCCAAGGGGCGCCCUCCCUCCUCCUGCCGGCCUUCUGACCUGUCUCUCCCCGGUCUCUCCCGCCCGGACCCCCUCUCUCUCUCACUGCCUUCCCCCGCAGUCUCCGAGCCUGGGAGAAGUUUCCAGCCCUGAUCACGAGUGUGUGUGGACCCCUGAGACCGCCAUGCCGGGCGGGAGCUAGCGGAGGCGCGGUGAGGACCUCUCUCCCCCAGACCCGCCAUGGAGCGGAACACCUUCUUACCCCUGAUGGUGAUGCUGCUCUCCGGCCCCUCGCAAGUGGGCUCCCAGGGGGCCCGAGGCCACGCGGAGGAGCGGCUCCUGAAGGACCUGUUCGUCCGCUACAACAAGCUGUCCCGGCCCGUCGCCAACACCUCCGACGUGGUGCUGGUCCGCUUCGGCCUCUCCAUCGCCCAGCUCAUCGACGUGGAUGAGAAGAACCAGAUGAUGACGACCAACGUGUGGGUCAAGCAGGAGUGGAAUGACUACAAGCUCCAGUGGAAACCGCAGGACUACGAGAACGUCACGUCCAUCCGCAUCCCGUCUGAGAUCAUCUGGAGGCCGGACAUCGUGCUCUACAACAACGCCGACGGGGACUUCGCCGUGACCCACCUGACCAAGGCGCACCUGUUCCACGACGGCCACAUCAAGUGGACGCCGCCGGCCAUCUACAAGUCGUCGUGCAGCAUCGACGUCACCUUCUUCCCCUUCGACCAGCAGAACUGCAAGAUGAAGUUCGGCUCGUGGACGUACGACCGCGCCAAGAUCGACCUGAUCAGCAUGUCCAACCAGGUGGACCAGAUGGACUACUGGGAGAGCGGCGAGUGGGUGAUCAUCAACGCCGUGGGCAAGUACAACACCAAGAAGUACGAGUGCUGCAUCGAGAUCUACCCGGACAUCACCUACUACUUCAUCAUCCGCCGGCUGCCCCUCUUCUACACCAUCAACCUCAUCAUCCCCUGCCUGCUCAUCUCCUGCCUGACCGUGCUGGUCUUCUACCUGCCCUCGCAGUGCGGUGAGAAGAUCACGCUGUGCAUCUCGGUGCUGCUGUCGCUCACCGUGUUCCUGCUGCUCAUCACCGAGAUCAUCCCGUCCACCUCGCUGGUGAUCCCGCUCAUCGGCGAGUACCUCCUCUUCACCAUGAUCUUCGUCACGCUCAGCAUCAUCAUCACCGUGUUCGUGCUCAACGUGCACCACCGCUCGCCCAAGACCCACGGCAUGCCCCACUGGGUGCGCCGGGUCUUCCUGGACGUGGUUCCCCGCGUCCUCUUCAUGAAGCGGCCGUCCACCACCGCCAAGCAGAACUGCAAGAAGCUGAUCGAGAUGCUGCACCGGCCCACCGUCAACGCCACGCCGGGCAGCUCCCAGUCGCUGUGGGCCAACAUGGACACGCGCGUGGGCGUGAUGAACCAGCUGGUGGACUCGCUGUCCUCCUCGCCGUCCCAGAGCCCCGACAUCCUGGUGUGCUCGCCGUCGCCGCCGCCCUCCCCCAUGCUGGGUCUGGACCUGGGGGAGCAUCCGCUGAAGCCCCAGCUCUCCCGUCGCUGCUCCCCCUCCUCCUCCGGCGGCGGCGGCGGCGGUGGCGUCGGAGGCGGGGGCCAGUACUCCGUGUUCCAGGACCGCUCUCGCCGGGGGUCCCGCUCCCCGUCCGGCUCCCUGGAGCCCAGCCUGUCCCUGGGGCCCGCCCUGUCCCUGGUGGCCCUGGCCGCGGCCCCCGGCCCCGAGCCGAAGCCGUUGGCGCAGAACGGCCGCUCGCUGAGCGCCGAGGGCGUCGCCGGCGGCGAGGGGGGCGGGCUCGCGGCCGACGUGCACCGCUGCCGCUCGGGGAGCUUCCAGUUCUGCUGUCUCCACGACGACGAGGCGGCGCCGGCCCGGGCCGGGGGGGCCACCGGGAGGAGCAGGAACCCGGCCCUGAAGGAGCCCGCCGCGGAGGGGGCCCCAGAGCCCGGGAAGGAGGCGGGGCUCCGGCCGGACUUGGGGGUCUCCGUGCUGUCCCCGGCCGUGCAGCGGGCCAUCGAGGGGGUCCAGUACAUCGCGGACCACCUCAGGGCGGAGGACGCAGACUUCUCGGUGAAGGAGGACUGGAAGUACGUGGCCAUGGUCAUCGACCGCAUCUUCCUCUGGAUGUUCGUCCUGGUCUGCAUACUGGGCUCCGUCGGCCUUUUCCUGCCCGCCUGGCUGGCGGGAAUGAUUUAGGCCCCCCCCCCCAGGUCCCCCAUCCCCCCCCCCCCAGGUC